AUGUCAGCAAAUUUAACUUUGUUCUAUUUCUUUCUCUCUUUCUUGGUAUCCUUCUUGCUGUUCUCCAUGACAUCACAGACAGCUGGAAAUGAUCCCCCUGGUGUUUCAAAGACAAGUGAAAUGGAAAUGGAGAUAAAUAAAAGGAGAGAGAAAUUUCUUAUAAGUGUCACAAAGUUAGUAGAAAGCAAAAGUUACAACAGCAAGGUAUUUUACGAAGAAAAGUACCUUGAAACAAUAAUCGAAGAGGCUAAGGAGAAGGAGAAGAAGUCAUCACAUGAUUAUUGCCAUGUAGCAAAAUAUGACUUGAUUUCUGUACAGGGCACAGAGAAACUAAUAGAGGCUACUCAAGGAGAAUGAGAUUGAAUAUGAUACGUGCCUAAGGAAGAGUUGUUUGAUUCUCUUCAUGAUACACAUCUCAGUAUUGGACAUGGUGGGCAGACACACAUGCUCAAGGAGCUGCAAGGAAAAUAUGGGAAUGUCACCAAAGAAGUCAUUGUAUAUCUGACUCUGAGUAAACAGUGCCAUCAGAAGAACCCUGUUCCCAAGAGAGGCCUUGCACCCAAGCCCAUGACUUUCAAGGACAUGGACUGCAGAUGCCAAGUUGAAAUACUUGAUAUUCAGUCAAAUGCUGUUGGAGAGUUCAAGUUUAUUUUAUACUACCAGGACCACUUAAUCAAGUCAAUUAUUAUUUUACAGCCGUUAGAAGCCAAACAGAUCCAUGAGGUGGCCAGUGUCCUAUUGGAUAUUUUCAUGAUUCUUGGUAUACCUGACAUAUUAGAAUCUCACAGUGGCAUAGAGUUCACAAACCAGGUUGUUAAUGAGCUCAAUGAGGUAUGGCCAGACCUAAAGAUUGUAUCUGGUAAGUACCACCCUGGCCAAGGCCAGGGCUCCCUGGAGCAAGCAUGCCAUGAUGUUCAUGAUGUCAAUAACAUGCUAAGUGCCUGGAUGCAAAGUAACCACUCACAUCACUGGGCUGAAGGCUUGUGCUUCUUGCAGAUGAUGAGAGAUCAGGCCUUUGAUGUUUCCUUGCAGCAAAGUCCUUAUGAGGCAAUGUUUGAUUGUAAAGCCAAACUUGGACUCUAUUCCUCACAUUAACCCCGGGAAACCAUGGCUGUUCUACAAACAGAGGGAGAGCUAGAAAUGGCUGAAGAAGAGCUAGAAAACAACCUUUGGAUCAGGCUGGAAGAAAGGGCUGAGAUUGGAGCAGAGAGAUCUGAUAUGGAUGAAGACAUCAAUCCCACUCCCAAAGCUACAGAGCCUGGCAAGGGGCCCCAGGUCUCUUCUGCUGGUGAACAGGUACCCGCUGGAUGGAAACUCAUGGUGUCUCUGGAUAUCAUACAGCCAUCUGAGAACUGUUGCCAAAGGCCCCAGGGGAAAGGAAUGAAGGCUGCACUCUCAGGUCAAGUUGUCCAUGGUAGUCCUUGAUCAAAGGGGAAAAGCGAAUCAUGUCUGUGAUAUAGGGCUGUGGUAACAUGUUACCAUAAACUUGGCAGCUUAAAACAACAGAAACGUAUUCUCUCACAGUUCUGGAAGCCAGAAGCCCCAAAUCAAGGUGUCAGCAGGGUUGAUUCCUUUUGGAGGCUCCAUUUCAUGCCUUUCUCCUUUCUCCCAUGACUGCCAGCAACUCUUGACGUUCCUGGGCUUGUAGCAUCAUAAGUCCAGUCUCUGCCUCAUCUUCAUGUGGAUCUUCACAUGGCCUUCUCCCUUCUGUUUCUGUAUGUGUUCUUUUCGUCUGUGUCCUAUAAGGACACCAUGGGACACCAAAUCCGUGUCAUUGGAUUUAGGGCCUACCCUCAUUGAGGAUAAUCUCUUCUUGAGAACCUUACCUAAUUACAUCUGCAAAGGCCCUUUUUCCAAGUAAGGUCACAUUCACAGGUAAUCUGGGUUCAGACUUGAACAUAUCUUUUGGGGGGACACAGUUCUACCCACUACAGUCAGUAGAAGAGUAUGUUGGUCUGCAAAACAUGAACUGAUGGGGUCUUAAACGUGUAGAAUUGGUGGGCUGCCCUACAUAUAUCUAGUACAUAUGCCUUCCCCUGCUUAUCCCUGCUCCUCAGACACUUAGAUACCCAAAGGAUGGGGGCAUCAGAGGAAAAAAUGUAGGUGAACAAGUAUUGAGAAGAAAAGAGAUUGGAGCAUCAUCCC